AUGAUUUCACAUCAUCAUCAGGAUGCAGGAACGGAAGCAGCUCAGCCCACAACACCCAAAGGCACCACUAAUCGUUUUCUCCUUGCCUUUCUAGUUGUUUCCGUUAUUUUUAAUUUAAUCAUGUUACUCUCGUGGUCAUCCACUCGUCACGGAGGAUCAUCAUUCUCACACGGACGAGAGUCUUUUCAUUCAUCAUCAUCCAAUCCAAUUAUUUACAAACAAUGUCCCUAUUUGGGUGAUUAUGAUAAUUUUGUAGCGAACAAAUUUCAAUCCAAGGAUAAGAGUGAAAUGUGGAAUAUUUUACAAUUUAUUGUUUCACAGGAAGCAAUGAAUGAUUAUUUGAGAAAUUCAGAGAAUAGAGAUAUCAUUAAUUUUGGAGUUCCUCAUCUUGUCACUGCCACAUCACAUGAUUAUUUUGAUCGAUUGGAAAAUUUUGUUGGCUCCGUCCAUCGAUUGUAUGAAAACAAAGUCAAUGCUCUGCAAAUUAAUCCUCAAGUGACAUCACCUCCUGGGCAUCCCAAUGAUGAAAAAAUUACAAAAAUUGGACAAACUUUUAAAUCUCAUUUGCGAUCGAAUUAUUGGCUUGUUUGGAACAGUGUGGUCACUCCAGAAAAUCGACCCAUUUUGGUCUAUGAUUUGGGACUCACCAAAGAACAACGUGAAAAGGUCUAUUCGUGGAAAAAUGUUCAACUCAUUUCUCUCAACUUUGAUCUAUUACCAAAACAUUUCAGGGAUUUGAAAACUUUUGCAUGGAAACCACUCGUCAUGUAUUUGGCACUUCAAAAAUUUCCUUCUAUUAUUUUCCUUGAUAGUGGCGUCGAGUUGUGGAAUCGACUCGAUCGAAUUGAGGACAUUCUCUUCACGAAAGGUUAUUUCCAUGUCGUACAAGAAGGUUUAACCACUGCAUGGCGAUGUUGUGGAGCCAUUGGUGAAUUAACACAUCAAUCGACAUUUAAUUAUUUGGGACUGAAACGUGAAGAAUAUGGUCAAAAGGAAAUGUGUAGUGGUGGCAUUCAAGGUUACAUUCGAGAUUCGUAUUCCUAUCAAAAUGUGUUGAUUCCAACCUUGGAAUGUGCAUGGGACGUGAAUUGUAUUGCUCCUCCUGGAUCAAGUCUUGCCAAUCAUCGACAAGAUCAAUCCGUCUUUUCACUCAUGAUACACAAAGCUGGAAUUACCUGUGAAAAAGACAUUCGAUUGUGGGGCAAUCGAGGAAAUUACGUGGAUGUUCCACAACAUGAAAUUGUUCUAUUUUUACGAAAAGGAGCUGAAGGAAAACAAUACAUUGGACAAGCUCAGAAAAAGAAAAAGUUUGCCGUUGUGAUUCCAUUUGCAGAGAAGCAAGUUUCAUCCGUAUUGGAAAAUAUUAAUAUUUGGAACCAUCCUUAUUAUGAACCUUGUCAAUGGUCCAUGUCGACACGAGAAAAUAUCGAUGAUUCAGAAACAGAUUUAAUUUUCUAUUCGAAUCGACAACGAAAUGAAAAUAAUGAAAAAGCCAUACUCGAUCGAAUCAAUAAUCUCACCAAAGACAAGUCACAUAAUGUCAUUCUCAAAUGCUUUUCAAAUAUUUCAUUUAAAUAUGCUGGAUUAAACGACGCACGAGAUCAAUAUCCAGCAGGACCAAGCAAUCAAUUCUACGAUUUAAUUCACGAUGAGAACUUUCACUCCACCUAUAGUCACUUUUUCUAUAUGGAACCUGAUUGUCGAGCCAUUCGACCCAAUUGGCUUAAGGUUGUGAAAUCCAUCCUCAAAGAAUAUUCAAUUUUAAAACCGGAUUUUUGGUACAUUGGAUCCAAUUAUAGAGGAGAUGUCGAUCUCGGUGAACCUUUGGAAUAUCGUUAUCACAUUAAUGGAAAUGCCAUUUACUCGACAGAUGUCUCUUUUCGAGCUUUUUUGAAACACGUCUCAAGAGGACAUAAUUUUGCCUACGACACAGAUCCAUUCAAAUACUUGUUUCAGGUGAAAUCUUAUGAUUUUACCAAACAUAUUUGGAAUCGAAUAAUUUUCCAUAAUUUUGUUCAGAAUUGGUGGCAUUCGAGUUAUCAUGAAAAAACAGUGAGAGAUUUGUAUCCGAGAACGUAUUUCGUUCAUGGUGGUUCUAAGGAAUGA